AUGCAGAAACUACCCUCCAAAUCACACUCUGCUAGCUCUACACCCCCUGUCACAUCUAAAGCCACCCCUGUAGUUAAACCCAGAGUCCCCAUUAAGAAACCACGCCCACCUCCCUCAUCAUCUGAUUCGGACUCGUCAGACUCAUCGGGUGACGAUGCCUCUAGCAAAGCCACCACAGGCAAACCUCCCGUUAAAAACCAAACUCCUCUAUCCAAACCUGCUGCCACUCCUCCUACCACCAUACCCACUGGGUCCGGAGCUGGUCCUAGAGACAAAACCACCCCCUCCAGGCCCAGCCUCCCUUCCUCAGGUCCCAGGACCUCUGUAUCCCCUGUCCAGAGAGCUAAUGCUCCAGGGCCAGGCUCUACCCCAGCAGUGCAGAAGGCCCACAGGAGGCCUGAGAGCCCAUGCUCUAGUAGUAGUAGUGAGGAGGAGAUCCAGCUGGUUAUCAAACAACCGGGCCUGGGGAUGGGAAUAGUCCCUGCUAUGGCAGCACAACCCACCUGGAGAGGCAGGGGAAGCCCUAGGGGUGCGGAGAGAGGUGGGGGUAGAGGGGUUAGGGGUAGAGGGGAUGGAGGCCAGAGUUGGGGUGGUGGAGGUAGGGGGGUUAGAGGGGAGUGGGACAGGGGUCCUCGUAGUGGGGGUAGAGGUGGGGAGUGGGACAGGGGUCCUCGUGGGGGUAGAGGAGGGAGAGGGGAAGAUGCAGGGUUUUAUUUCAACUAUGUGGGUGGACAGCGACAGCAGACUCCUCAGCCACCAUCGUACCAGAAGGACUCCCUGAAUAACAGCUCUGUGGUGUUUCAGAACCCAUCAGAGAGUGUCCCCAAGAGGGACUACAGUAAGAUGCCCCUCCUAGCUGCUCCCCCUCAGGACGGACAGAAGAUCGCCUUCAAGCUGCUGGAGCUGACAGAGAACUACACACCAGAGGUGUCUGAGUAUAAAGAGGGGAAAAUCAUUCAUUUCGACCACAGCACCAAACAGAUUGAGCUAGAGCUGCUCUCUGCUUAUCAAGCGCCGGUGGAGCCGGGGAAGUUUGACCUGGUGUAUCAGAACGCGGACGGAUCCGAGAGUGUAGAGUACGCUGUGUCCCGGGGCUCCAGGGUGACUGAACGUUGGGACUCACUGCUGGAACCCAGGCUAGUUGUUGGGAAUUUGAGCUGAGGAACAAGAUGGACGUUCUUGGUCGACUUGGACCAGGCAUUUCUUCUAACACACUGGCCCAUUUCCCACACUUGAGUUGCCCAGUAUUGGCCAAAUUAUAAUAAUUCAGCACACAACCCCAAUUUAGACUAAGUUAAAGAUGGACCAGUCCAAAUCUGGCAUUUGCCGGAUCUGCCCCAUGGCCAGUCCGUUUCUGCUUGGAUGGACUGGGGCUUAUUCUGACACCUCCAUAGACAGUUUACCCUGGACCCAGAUUAAGCUGGAGAUGUUCCAUUUACUAGGAUUUUGUUUAGUUCAGGAGUAGAGCCUUAAUCUGGGUCUGGGAAACCAGCCUUACUGUCAACAUGUGGUUGACUCUACAGUCUCUCUGAUGAAGAGCUAUAUACUGGUAGCUAUUUUACCUUACCAAACCCCUUAUCCCAGCCUUACUGUCAACAUGUGGUUGACUCUACUAAUUCAGGAUGUUUUUUUUAUUUUUAUGGAGAUUAGUUAAAUUCAAUAGUUUUGCGUUUCAGUUUAUUUCCUCAGUAGACAAGAGUUAAAAUGAAAUUGACCAGAACCUUGGAUUCAGCUCAUCAAAGUCUAGAUUAAAGCUAUUGAUUAGUUUUAGUUCUGGGUGUGCUGAGCACCAUUUUAAUGACCCACUUAAACACCUUCUAAUGUUGUAUUGUGGAAGGGAGGGUACAGGGUAGGUUGCUUAAGUACCUUCAAAUGUUAUUUAAUCUUUGGUCUCUUUACUUUUAUUUUUUUUUACACAUUGAUAUAACUGUGAAUGUCCCAUCUUGAUUUUUUUUUAAAACUUGUUUGUAAGAUAAUAAAGUUUGAUAUCCUAUGACCA